CCACAAGCAAAAAAGCAGAUAUUACUGUAUAAAUUCCCUGCACAAGCGAGUUUGGUGGUUGAUCCAGCUAGUCCUCGUGCGCCGAAUGAUCAAUAUUCCACAUUUAAAUAAUGGAUGAACGAAGAAUUGGUGCAGAAGAACGAGGAAUGGAUAUAGAAGUGGGUGAGGAAAACGGAAGUGUUGGUGAUAAAGUAAGGAAGGUUGGAGAUGAAGUAAGGAAGGUUGGAGACGAAGAAGGAGUGCCUGGCAGCGAAGAGCGAAACCCUGGCGGUGAAGGGAGCAGUCCUGGUGGCGAAAGGCAAAAUCCCGGCGGUGACGACAACGCAGCGGAGGGUGGCGAACAGAGCCAAGAAAUUGUGAUUGAAAGAGCGGGAGAAGAAAUGCAAACGGCUGGAAAAUCGUGGGCAGAUAUUGUUGGUUCGCAGAAUUUAAGUCAAGGAGUUGUUCCGUUACCACAUGCUCGGUUUGGUGCUAGGGUUGCUAGACCCAACUCUGUUGUGUUGCAUACCCAAGCGUUUAAGGAUAUUACCGUGCGUGAGGUCAUGGAUGCAGUGUUAAAAUGUGUGAGACAAGAUACAAUUAAAUGUGUGCAACAAGUUUCUGGACCUCGGUAUCGUUUGACUUUUCGCUCGUUGGAAUAUAAACAAUUAUUUUUAGAUCAACCGUUUUAUUUGCGGGGUGAACGAGUUAUUGCUCAAGAGCUUGAUAUGGCCACGUUACAAGUGAAAGUUUUGUAUGCCCCUAGUGAAAUUUCUAAUCAAACGAUAGCUGCAACGUUGGCGAAGUAUGGCAAAAUAGUGAAGGUGGAUCGGGAAAUGUAUCGUGAUUGGCCUAAUGUCGAAACUGGGGUUCGACUGGCAACAAUGAGUGAAUUAACUGAGGGAAUUCCCCGUCGUCUCUUUAUUGGCCCUUAUCCGAUAGAAACUAGAUAUCGUGGGCAAGUGCCUUUAUGUGGUCGAUGUGGCGAAUAUGGUCAUCGAGUUGCUACAUGUUCGAAUGAUGUAAAGUGUUUCAAGUGUGGUCAAAAUGGUCACAUACAACGUUAAUGUUUCAAGUGUUUUCUAUGUGGACAGUUUGGGCAUGUCAGGGCAAAUUGUCUCGAGAAUCGACGUGACGUGUCCAAUGACAGCGAU